UUGGGUCACGUGAAAAGUUGCUUGUGAAUGUAGGAGGUCUAGAUGGACGUAGGCAAAAAAAUACAGGAUCUGUCAAACAAACAGUGUAGUUCGAGAAUACCAUCCACAUCCAGGCCGACCCUGAGGGAUGUGACUCCGACCGUCUGAGCGCUCACAGUUCUUUGUGAUCCUUUUUCACGAGAGAGAGAGAGUAGAGGGAACGAAAAAGGUCACUUUUUUUCUGUAGCAGGAAUCCAAUCGCAAUUUGCGAGGGCACAAAGCUGCUCUACCAUUUCCGUGCCCCACGAGUACCUGUCUUUCCACUCUCGCAUCCGCUGCUUCCUCAAAAAGACCCCCUACGAAUCCGCGCCAGCAUCUGGUUACUCUUGUCCCCCACUAGGAGCUGGAACCAAGAACCCCGAAUGCGGCUUCGUGGCGCUCGCCUGUGGACGUGGAUUGUCUCCGUCCGCUUCUCGCUUGGUUCUGGCUUCCUAGUUCGCACCACGGCACCGCAAAGCAGAUGGUAGUCGACUAGGGAUUAACCCCAGCUCUGCUCGCCAUUCCGGUCCGUCGAGUAUUUCGUCGAACAGUUGGUAGGGGACCUCUAGAACGGAUGGGCAGAGGACAGGAUGAGUCGGUUUCGUGAUUCUCGAAAUCUAGUCAUGCCUUCAGCUUUCUCGCGGUCAAUCAAUCCAUCGCUCAUCCGGUUGUAAUUGCCGAAUGGGUAGUCAAGAAACCAGAUGAGCUCUUCGGGUUCCUGUAUGCGACCUCUGUCCCCCGUUUCAUGCUCUGCGGACUACGUAUAACUGAAGAAUCUGUUCGGACACCAAAUUAAGGUCGUUGGCAAGACGGGUACUCUUUUCUUGGUCCUCGGGAAGAUGGGCUCUGCUCACUUUGCUGCCCUGCUUCUGUGCGCCUGCUUGUUCGUCAGUGGAACCGUGGCAGCUGACCAGAACGGUAACCUCACAAGGCCAGCUGAGGUGCGCAUCGGUGCACUGUUCACGUUUGGUUCGGUUAUCGGAAUGGCGGUGAGACCUGCUAUCGAGCUCGCCGUUGCGGAUGUCAAUGCUGACCCUAGCUUACUCUGGGGGACGAAACUGAGUGUUCUUAUGCAGGACACCAAUUGCAGUGGCUUUGUUGGCACCAUAGAAGCAUUGCAGCUUCUGGCUAAAGAUGUAGUCGCCGUAUUAGGUCCACAAUCCUCGGCUGUUGCUCAUGUCAUUUCCCAUGCUGUCAACGAACUCCAUGUCCCACUUAUCUCUUUCGCGGCCACUGAUCCUACCCUUUCUUCCCUUGAAUACCCGUAUUUUGUGAGGGCUACUCAGAGCGAUUACUACCAAAUGGGUGCUAUCGCUGCCAUCAUUAGUCAAUAUGAAUGGAAACAAGUCAUUGCCAUAUAUGUUGAUGAUGACUACGGUAGAGGUGGCAUCACUGCACUAGGUGAUGCCCUUGCAAAAAGGAAGUGCAAGAUAUCCUACAAAGCUAAGUUGCCACCUGGUGCUGCAAAAACUACUAUCGAGGAUAUCUUGAUGCAGGUAAAUGACAUGGAGUCUCGCGUCUAUGUUAUCCACGUUAACCCUGACUCUGGUCUUAACGUGUUCUCAGCUGCAAAAUCUUUGGGCAUGAUGAGCAGUGGCUAUGUAUGGAUUGCAACAGACUGGCUUUCUGCAGUGAUAGAUUCUUCUGUGCAUGGUAUUCCUGAUGUGAUGGAACUUACACAGGGUGUUCUUGUGCUUCGGCAGCAUAUAGCUGAUUCUGAUAUCCAGCAUGCCUUUUUGUCCAAGUGGAAUAAUCUAACUAGGAAUGGAAGCUCUUACUUUAUGCAUGCUUAUGACUCUGUAUGGCUAGUUGCUCAUGCUGUUGAGCGCUUUCUGAGAGAAGGGAAUGCCAUGUCUUUUUCUGCUGACCCAAAAUUGCAAGCUAAAAAGGGAAGUAGCCUUCAGUUAGAUUCUCUGAGGAUUUUCAACAGUGGAGAUAAACUACUGGAGAAAGUGUGGAGUGCAAACUUCUCAGGGGUUUCUGGUCCAGUUCAAUUUACUUUGGACCGAGAUUUGGUACACCCAGCCUACGAUAUUCUGAAUAUUGGUGGUACGGGAUUAAGAACCAUUGGGUAUUGGUCAAAUUCUUCUGGUCUCUCAGCUGUUGCUCCAGAAAACUUAAGCUCAUCAGCACGGGACUCUUCAGCCAACAAUGUACAACUCCGUGGUGUUAUAUGGCCUGGUCAGACUUCUGAGAAACCUCGUGGUUGGGUGUUUUCGCAUCACGGGAUGCCUAUGAGGAUCGGGGUACCACUCCGAACGAGCUACAAAGAAUUUGUUAUGCAAGACGAUGGUCCUGACGGAGUAAAGGGGUUCGCAGUUGAUGUCUUCAAAGCUGCAAUAAGUUUGUUGCCCUACCCAGUCUCAUGCAAGUUUGUUUUGUUCGGCGAUGGUUUGAAGAAUCCUAGCUACAGUGAACUUGUUCAGAAGGUAUCUGAAAAUUACUUCGACGCCGCGGUAGGGGACAUAGCUAUAGUGACGAAUAGAACAAGACUUGUUGAUUUUACCCAACCAUAUAUAGAAUCGGGUCUCAUCAUUGUAGCUCCGGCAAGGGUGAUUGAAUCAAACGCUUGGGCUUUCUUGAAACCAUUCACAUUCCAGAUGUGGUGUGUUCUAGUUGUUAUAUUCCUCUUUGUGGGUGCGGUUGUUUGGAUACUCGAACACCGCAGUAAUACCGAGUUCCGUGGACCUCCAAGCCAACAAAUCAUGACAGUGUGCUGGUUUAGUUUCUCCACCAUGUUCUUUGCACACAGAGAGAACACAGUUAGCGCGCUUGGCAGAUUUGUGCUGCUUAUCUGGCUCUUCGCUGUGCUCAUUAUUAACUCGAGCUACACGGCAAACCUGACAUCGCUUCUCACGGUUCAGGAGCUGACUUCAGGGAUACAGGGCCUCGAUAGCUUGAUAUCUAGUUCGAGUGCGAUUGGCUACCAAGUUGGAUCUUUCUCCAGAAACUACCUCGUGGACGAGCUCAGUAUCGCAGAGUCCCGUCUGGUUGCACUAAACAGCCCAUCGGAUUAUGCGAGAGCGCUAGAGCUAGGUUCAGGAAACGGUGGCGUCGCCGCAAUAAUCGACGAGCUCCCGUAUGUCGAGAUCUUCCUGUCGAAAUACUGCAAGUUCAAGACGGUUGGUCAGGUUUUCACAAAAAGCGGAUGGGGAUUUGCCUUCCCAAGAGACUCCCCUCUCGCCGAGGACUUGUCGACGGCAAUCCUGGCGCUAUCGGAGAACGGCAAGCUCCAGAAGAUGCACGACGAGUGGUUGAGCGGGACGGAGUGCAGUGCAGACAACGGGGCUGGGCCGUCGAACUCCUUGAGCCUGUCGAGCUUCUGGGGCCUCUUCCUCAUAUGCGGCCUCGCAUGCUUCCUCGCCCUCGUGAUUUUCUUCCUCCGGAUAUUCUGCCAGUACAGCAGAUACAGUAACCAGGUCGAGGCGCAGUUCGCUGAGCCCCGGGUUCUGAACAGGCCGGCGAGGCUAACUACCAUCAAGUCGCUGAUCUCUUUCGUUGAUAAGAAGGAGGAGGAGGUGAAGAACGCUCUCAAGAAGAGACCCAAUGGUACCGGUCAGCAGCAUCCAAGCACUCCCAACGCGGAAGAACAGCCCACAUUACCACCGUGAGGUCUACGUAACGUCCCGCUGCGUAACUAAUGACUGCCAAAAUAAUGUGGAAUCCUGCUUUGAAGCGAAAGUUGUACUAACGCACAGGCCUAGUUGAUGCUGCUGAAGGGGUUUUUCCUGUAUGUGGCUUUCUGGCUGUGGAAACAUAGCAUCGGAAUCAGCUUCAGACUAUUGUCUUCAGAGAAAAUGCAACUGCGUUAGGUUAGGUUGUAUUUUUCCAACAGCAGCGAAUCUGGGCCUCCUAGGCCCUAGCAGCAAUAUCUGGGAGAAGUAGAAUUGGACUUCCGUCAAUAUGUGGGCAGUUGUGCAUGUCCCUUCAUAUUGUCUGUUAAGAAGUAGCAUAUCAACCCCUUC